UAUAUUUCCACAAGUUCUCAAGUCCUAAACAAUUAAGAGCCUUCUGCAAGACACACAAACAUCUACGAAUAUCAUACAUAUCGUUUUCCGUUUCAGUGUCGAUUAAAUUGGUUUUUAUUAAAUACAAUUGACUGUCCAGUACGCAAACUAACGAAAUAUUUCGUUAUGUUUGCUUUGUAAAUAUACACGCGCGCGCUGUGAGUCUAUUUAGCACACAGACAGGGCGAACAACCGAACCCUGUAUAGUUAGUUAUUCCGGAAUUAUGAAAAUCUCAUCCACGAGCAACCUGAAGUACGAAAAUGGCAACAGAAUUUAUCAGUAUGUGGCGGCAAUCACAGCAAACCUGGGCAUCGUAUGCAGCGAAAUGAACUACGGCUGGCCAUCUCCAUCGCUACCCAUCCUGGUCAGCGGAAACUACACCUUCAAAGUGACAAGCGAAGAAAGCUCAUGGCUAGUCGUCUCCCCGCUCCUAGGAGCCAUCCUGGGAGCCCUCAUCACAGGAAUGAUCGUAGACAUAGUAGGCAGAAAAAGACUCAUCCUGUUAUCAUCAUUCCCCUUCAUAGCAUCAUGGAUUUGCAUAGCGCUGGCUAAAUCCAGUACUGUCAUGUUCAUUUCAAGGUUCGUAGUCGGAAUGACAGAUGGAUUGUCAUUCACGGCAGUUCCCAUGUACUUGGGAGAAAUAGCAGACCCCCAGAUACGAGGCUUGAUAGCUUCGGUAUGUCCAGUUUGUAUAAUUUUCGGAAUUUUACUUAUAAACAUCCUGGGAUCGUACCUAAGCAUUCCCACAACAGCAUACGUAAGCACGAUCAUUCCAAGUUUGCUGUUUAUUACCUUUAUCUGGAUGCCAGAGAGUCCCUACUUCUACCUCAUGAAAGGAAAGGUUGCUGAAGCAAAGAAAAGCCUUCAAAAGUUCAGCGGUCUCGAAGACGUAUCAGCCGAAUUGGGCAGAAUUAAGAACGCUGUCCGGGAGCAAAACAAGAACAGAGGGAAAUGCUUGGACUUGGUGAGAAUCAAGAGCAACCGAAGAGCCUUGAUCAUAGUUUAUGGACUUAGAGGUUUCCAGCAACUGAGUGGAACGACGGCGAUUAUAUUCUACUGUCAGAAAAUCUUUAAAGAAUCCCGCGAUUUCAUGUCGCCAAGCUCGGCUACUAUUAUCUAUUUCUCUGUCCAGCUGGUUUUGUCAUUUCUAGCUUCAAUAAUCGUUGACUUCUCAGGCAGAAGACCUCUUUUGAUCAUCUCCUUUAUUGGAACAGCUAUUAUGUUGUUUGCAAACGGAAUAUACCUCUAUUUAAAAGACUCUACCAAUGUAGAUGUCUCAGGCGUGAACUUCCUGCCUUUAGCAGCAUUGCUAUGUUAUGUUACAGUGUUCAGUAUAGGGUUACAAACUAUUCCUUUGCUGUUAAUGGGAGAGAUGUUCCCUACAGACGUGAAAGCGUAUGCUUUAUGCGGUGCUGACAUCUUUUACAGUGUGAUAGUUACUAUAAUAUCGAAGGUUUUUCAUUGGUCCAACGAACAAUUCGGAAUGUACGUGCCGUUUUUGUUUUUUGGUGUGUGUUGUGUAUUAGGAUUGUUUUUUGUUGUGUUUUGUGUCCCGGAAACCAAAGGAAAAACUCUGGAAGAUAUACAGAGGGAGCUACAAAGUGAUAAUUAGGAUAUACAGGGUGAAUCUUAAAUAAGUGCAAAUAUUUUUAGGAGUGGUGAGUAAAGAAAUAAAAAUCUAUGAAAAGAAUAUAUUUCGGUCCCAGAAACACGUCUAUAAGUUUUUUUUCGCAAAAAAGAUGUUGAAAAUGGUGCAUUUUCUUUUAGAUUUUCCGGUAUAUUUUCAAAAAAUAAAUAUAUUCCUUUCGAGAUAUUCCAGCACUGAAAAUAUUUGCAGUAAACUUAAGACUCGCCCUGUAUAAGUAGGCAAUAACACAAAAUAAAUACAGCUAGGCCGAAGAGAGUCUAAAAUUGUUGCUCAUGAGUAUUCAAAAUUAUACCUAUCGUCGACUCACGAGUAACAAAGAUUUUUUGGAAGUUGUUUGUGUUUCUUAAAGAAAUUUUUGUUGAUUCCUUAAUUUAUUUACUUAAAUUUCUAGGUUGAUUUUGUAAAAUUAUAUCUACUUAACUUGUAACUGAGUACUUCGUUGGAUAAAAAAUAUAUAUUUUUUAAAAUAAAUUGACUGUAAAUG